AGCGAGCGGCCUCGUCUCUCCUCCACCCGGCACCUGUAGCGUGCGUCAACAGCAGCGAGACGAGGGAGACAGUGGAGGAGGAGAGGCAGAGGAGGAGGAGAGACACGAGGAGGAGAGACACGAGGAGGAGAGACACGAGGAGGAGGAGAGACACGAGGAGGAGAGACACGAGGAGGAGAGACACGAGGAGAGACACGAGGAGAAGAGACACGAGGAGGAGGAGAGACACGAGGAGCAGAGACACGAGGAGGAGGAGAGACACGAGGAGGAGAGACACGAGGAGGAGGAGAGACACGAGGAGGAGGAGAGGCACGAGGAGGAGAGACACGAGGAGGAGGAGAGGCACGAGGAGGAGAGACACGAGGAGGAGAGACACGAGGAGGAGGAGAGACACGAGGAGGAGAGACACGAGGAGGAGGAGGAGACGACCCAGCCGCGGAGUUGGGCCACGCCUGCUUUCGACUCUGUGCAAAAUCUCCUUCAAACCACCAUCACCAGCAUCACCACCACCAUCAUCAUCAUCGCAAGAGAAGACAGAGCGACAUCCAUGCGAUGAACACUGCGAAAUAAGCUCCUCUCUCGCCACCCCUCGGAGCCGAGCUAUGCUCGUCUUGCUCGCGCUCUGCGAACUCCGAGCCUCUUCACCGCCGCCGUUCCUCCGCUCCUCCAUGGGUGCCGGCGACGCCUUCACGGCCUUCCCGGCCGGCCUCCACCACGGCGGGGCCUCCGCCUCGGCCCAAUCCGUCGGCGGCGCCGGCGGCGUCGGCAUCAUCGGCGCGGGCGGCGGGCCGCAUCCCGUGCCGUCGCUCACCCUGGAGCAGAAGGCGGCGUUCUGCUGCGUGGCGCUGCUGCUCGUUUUCCUCGGCGUGCUCAUUGUGCGCUGCUUCCGGAUCCUGCUGGACCCCUACAACAGCAUGCCCUCGUCCACGUGGACGGACGGCAUCGAUGGCCUCGAGAAGGGCCAGUUCGAGUACGCGCUCGCCUGACCGCCACCGCUGACGACGCCACCACCCCCACCGCCACCCCCAACGUCGUCGCCUCCUCCUGCUCCGCCGCCUUUCGACGAGUAUAGUUUAACAAUAAAAAGAGACGAGACAGAAGGCAGUAGUCCCUCGGUUGACGUUGUUUUUUAAAAUCCGGUCCACGAAAACUACCAUGAACCGAAAUAACCGUUCAUCGAAUUCACUUAUAAGUUGAAAAAAAAAGUUUCAUAGAAAUCGGCGAGUCUGCAAAAGAGCUGAUUUUGCGCUGCCCAAAGCAGAAAACGUAAUGCACAACAAAGCCAAUGCGGUGUCUAGACGCUCACGAACGGGCGUCGAUGAUUGGCCGAGGGCGCGGCCCGGCCCCGCUUACGAGCGCUUGGAUUGGCCGAUAUUGGCGCCCCACGUGCAUGACGUUUCGCCUCCCAUGGGCUCCUAUGGAAGGCGAAAAGUGAAACGAAAAACCGUUUACCGAGGUCAUUGUUAACCGAGGGACUGCUGUAUAGGGUAAAUGCAGGCCUUCAUUUAUCACAGAUUUUUUUUCCAGAUCGAUGCGAGGCUGCCGUGUAGUAGGAACUUUCCGCACUACCACUUGAGUACAAGGUAGACCUAUGCACGGUAAUCCGGCAUUAUUCUCACCCAGCCGUCGUUAAGGGCAUCUGGUGACCCAAACCACUUCACUAUUCACGCACGGUUAUUUGCACAGCACAGCACACACACCACACACACACAUACACCGCACACAACAACAACAACAACCGCCAUUCGCCACUAAGUGGCGGUGAUGUCACCACGACGCUUGUGCCAGGCCAUGUGCACCUUGAGGCCACGUGAAGUGUCGAAUGCCCGCUGGCAGGAGGUCACGGGGCAGACCCAGGUGCCACACCAUUGCAGACACACGCACGUACACACCACCGCACAGUCACAUAGACCACACACACGCACACCAUUGCACACACACAUACACCACCACACACAUUCACCACACACACCACUGCACACACACACACACAAAGACAAAGAUCCCCCGUGUAACCUGAACAGACUGUUGGGGCAAGUGCUGUUAGCGAGCAUCUCUGAAGGCUGGAACAGCACAGGAGGGUACGUGGGUGGCCAACACCACGCCCGACCGCCUUUGUCUCCCUAGUGGCGAUGUUUACACACCGCACCAGGUACUCAUUUGAGGCUGAGUCGACCUAGGGGAGGCCCAGGACCGGCUCAAAUAAUCGUCACCGGUGUUGGCCGUGAGCGGGAAUUCAACCCGGGUCGCCGGGUUCGUAGCGCGGCGUAGCGCUAACCGCUGCGCCACCGCUCCCCACACGCACACGCGCGUGACCGCAGCACUGAUGAGAGACGCACUUGCCGCGCCAACAACCAAACAAUUCCUCGACCAGCUUUUGCACGACUGUUCCGACUGCAGUGGCAGAGCGCUCACCACGUGGAUCGUGAGCGGUGUCCGACGCUCCGUGUGAAGCCCACACCCCAC